GUGGGUAACUCGGCGGCAUAGGGACCGUUCAACCUUACCUUCUUGGUACGGUCAAAACGGCAACAUUUAUGAAAACCAUAGUCUUCUUCGCCAUUCUUACGGGAAUUGUUUGUGGUAUAUCCGAAGAUGAUGUCAAGCUUCAAUAUUACGAGAACGGAACCUUGACGAUAUCGGAGACGGACCCCCAGCUGGGCUCGUAUGCCCACCUGGGGGUGCACCCUCACUGGUGCCUGGGCAACAUCCAUGAGUGUACACAGGGGAUCACCGUGGACUUUUGGAUAAAUGCUGCCCCCGUCACCGAGGAUUCCCCGGAAAUCGUCCUGUUUACUUCCGGUGGAAACUUUUAUUUCUCUGACGGGUUGUAUCUAAUUCAGCGUUUCGGAGACCAGUAUGAAUUCGGGGUCUCCAAAAAAGAACUUGUCUGGAAAAUUAACUUCCGGCUAUUCGCGGACACAUGGGUCAAAGUGCAUGCGGAAUGGGAUGUAACGAACGGUCUAACACUAGUGGUUGACGGUUCCGAGUGGUUACAGAGCUCACCAAACACCAGAGAUUACUUUCCAGGAGCAUUCGAUAGUUUUGCUGAAAUUGUCGUCGGCAUCACAAGAGACGCUAUGAUACUUGAUGUAGACGAACUGUUCAAAAUACGUCACAUUAUAAUCCACGACCAUCGGAUCAACUCCACAAUCGACGACGACGAUUUCGUUCAGACUUUGGCCUACCCCGGCUGUGUACCAGCAGCAGCAGACAUUGGGAACUUCAUUCCUGUUGAUUUGUCAGAAGAGGAACACCCGGUAGAGACCUGCCGUUUUGUGUGUAAUAACGCUAUGGCACUGAUAAAGAACGGUUCGAUGUGCUCCUGCGCAAACCGCGAGAUACUAACUCAAAUUGAUACCAGGAAUGGCUCGUGUGACAGUGAAUCCGUGUGGCAGGUUUUUAGCGCUUCCGGUGUGAAUGGAGACAAUCCGUACUCCAUGACAGUGAGUGUGAGAAUGUUACAGACACGAGAUUACGUUAAACCGAUGGAGACCGUGGUUAUUGAGAUACAACCUAACCACAUAGCAGAGACCAGUUACGAAGUGGAUUGUGGGGAUGGCGUCAGUUUUACGACAGACAUGACCUCAGUAAACUACUACUGGAUGUCCGAAGGAGUACAUACCAUCACAGUCCGCUCGCACGUCGGUAUUUUAUCCUUCGAUUCUCACCUCAGUUUUGAGGUACGAGACGUUGAUGAAAACACGGCUCCGGAAAUGAUAGUACUAUUCGGCUCCCAUGACGAGACAAGCCAAUAUCACGGCUCUUUUGACUUGUUUCUAACCGACAACGCCAACACUUCAAAAUGUGACGUAGACUUCAGUGAUGAUAAUCGAUUGAGAUAUGACAUCACACACCAAUAUUUUUACCACCAAAGUUUCGAACACCUGUUUAACACUUUCGGGCAGUACAUAGUAUCUGCCCACUGUAAGAACGGAUACGGGUUCGAUUCCAGUUCUUUGAUGUUCCUUUCAAAACGGUUUGACAUACCGUUCUCAUAUAAAGUACUAGGCGAUUCGUUUGAUGUACCGCUGACUGGCGGACAAGCAUUCGUCACUGACAUCGGAGUCCUUCGUAACUAUGAUAUUCCCAUAGAUGUACGCAAGACAGAUAAGAAUAUAACGGUACCUGCAUCGCUCCUUAAACCAUUUGAAAACAUAAUUUCGUUAGAGCUAAAUGGUGAAAUAUUUCACGAGUCAAUCCUAUUUAUGGAAAAUGUUCCAACAAAUGCCUCUAUACUGCCGGACUACAGAGAAGGAGCUUGGAACCUUACGACAAACAUUUCCGUUGUCGUGCCCCCGGGUAAUAACAUGUUCGUCACUUGCACGUUCGGUCUAGGAGAAGAAGUAUCCUUCUACGUUUACGAAGCGACAGAACCGGUCACAUUUCCAUUCGAGGUCGAGUACGAGAACCUUGGUUACUAUCCCAUACACGCCAUCGUGUCCAACGACCACGGGAAAACGGAAGUUGAGGACUUGAUAUCGGUAGAAGUCCAGAUCGUGUCCAUCUCCUUGACGGUCAGUAAUAUCACUAACAAAGACAAUCCCGUUGUCCUCGGGAUUGACCUUAACGACGGCUUUGACGGUCCGGACAAGGUCACCUUCGAGAUCGACCACGACGACGGAAACACUCUACAGUAUAAGUACAGGAGUUCGUCCAGGUAUUUCACCCAGUAUAACAACAGCUACGUAUAUAAGGACUGGGGUAUAUACACAAUAUGUGUGUCCGCCUCUAACGCCAUCAGUCGAGUAAUGGACUGUAUUCUGGUCCAGGUUGGCCAGAAUAUUACCUACAUGGACCUACAGACAACAACUAUCGGCCGAGUGAAAACCAAUCAGUACGCAGAAAUCAACAUCACGGUUCUUACCGGAAGUGACAUAACAUAUCACGUAGAUUUUGGGGAUGAACAUCCGUUCACAUUCAAUGGCCGUGACAUAAUAUUAACGGAAGAAACCGAAUCGACCCAGAUAUCAAGGCGAAAGCGACAAACUGGUGAAAUGCAGAUAGACUCGAUUGACAACAGUAGUGUAAGCAUAACAACAGUAUUACCAAACGUCAACAACAGUGGUACCAAUGAUGAUGACGUGUCCAGACCGAGGUCUGUCGCUGUAAGAGGGUGCGAUUGUGUCGUCACCGUGCGACACUUUUACUCGGCUGUCGGCUACUACGAGGUAAAAUCCAACAUAUCCAACGUUUUCUCCUCUGCCAGCGCUGUUCUCUGUCCCUACAUCAUCGUGGACGACAGUGACGACACAAUGUGUGGCGACACUGUCAUAGAGAUGCCUGGUUAUCAUACGUCACUUGACAAUCCGUAUGUCCAUAUUAGGUCAACACAAAUCGAUAUCGACGUGCAGGCUCAGACACCCAACUGUGGUGGUAAUGGGUUUGAGUAUACGUGGAAGGCUGUCAAUAUUAUCAAUGGUCUAGAAGAACCAUAUACCGACUUAUGUACACUCGAACAACAAAACAAUGUUUUCAGCAUUCCGCCUGUUUCCCUUCACUUUGGACUGUACAAGCUGGUAACAACUGUGUCUCCAAUCGGAUACAAACGUAAAGCCAGUAAUAAGGUAAUCUAUAUCCAGAUCGUACCAUCAGAUCCGAUUGCGACCUUCACAGGAGACACCAUAGAGACGUUUUUCUCGAACGGUAUACUCACAUUAGAUUUCAAGGGAUCGCAUGACCCUGAUCUUACAUCAAAAAGGAGACAAGGAGUGGAAUUUGACCUAAUUUGUUUCCAGAAAGAGGCUUACGAUGCAGUUGGCGCCUCGACAAUAGAUACUUUCCUAGAGAGCAACACAACUCAACUGCUGAUCGAGGACGUCAUUUAUGAAUCGGAGACGAUGAAUCCUUUGAGAAUUUAUCAGUAUGAGAACUGUAUGACGGACCUGGAUGAUUUUAUUGACAGAAUUAUUAUUUCCAACGGCGUGGUGACGACUUCCACCUCGUACUUUGUUGCCACGGAAACCGUUUUUUCGCUAAUAGCAUCUAAGGAAGGUCGCUUCAGUACCACGAGUAAACUGAUACGUAUGGAAUAUGACAACUUUGAGGAACAGAUGAAUAUGCUGGCAAACGCGGCUAACCUGAAGGAUACUGGAAAAGCUCUUGAUAUUGUCAACAAGAUCGGAACAGGCGGCUCGAGAGGAAACGAUUCAGAAGCACAAGAACAACAAGAUCAGUUGAAGGAGUUGGCGUUAACCGUGGUAGCCGCUGUGACUAAUUACGCCACCAAUACUGACCAGGUGAACCGAGUGGUCAGCACCUGUUCCAUGUUCACGGCCGAGAAGUCGACGGACAAAGCCCGGGAAAAGGCCGCUGGCGCCAUCAACAAUACCGGGGAUCUGAUGAAAUCCAGGUUUGCUAAUCAGGACAAUACAGCGCUGGAGUCCACUCUUGGAGACCAAGUUACGACAUUAAGUAACGUUGCACCUAGCGGCGAAGCAGAAAAGAAAGAGGAGAAAAAAACGCAGCGUUGUAAACGUCGAGCUAACCCUGACGCUCCAGAGGAAGAUGUCGAAUCUGCGAAUAAAUACGAGGCUUUGGUAAAGGAAAAGAACCUUAUGACGAAUGCCAUUCUGCGAGAUCUGUACGACUUCCUGUUUCAUCACUAUGCAGAGUUCCGGACAGCAGUACGGCACAGGAUCGACAAUAUAAAACUUCCAAAAGCUGUCCUGAAGGAGGAUCCGGCAAAACUUUUCCUUCGGCUCGGGUUAGAGUGGGACCCCUUCGAUAUUCAAAAUGUCAUUCUGGAUCCCUGCGAGAUCGAAUUAGAUUUGUCUAUUGCGCGCACAAAGGAGGCGGACAAGAUGGUACAAUCCGGAAGUGCAGGAGCAGUUUCUUCAAUGUCUGGCCUUGUUCUGAAAAAUUUCGAAAAGGAGCGUUGUCGGCGACGACGUCGACGUAGGAGUGGGGCCAGUACGCUUGAAGACGAGGCCCCUCUGGCAAUGAAGGUUACCUCCCCUGGGAUAUCUCUCAACAUUGAGAUGGGAGAAAAUCCAAACGGGUUGACAAGUAAGGUGGCAAAACAGAAAAGGAAGAAAAUGCCUGUAGAUCCUUGUAGCGUACAUGAUGCAGAAUAUGAUGCUGAACUUGCCGCGACAUCUACCGGAAGUCCAGUGGGUGUGGUAACGCCGGUCAACAUUGGGACCAGUCCCGGAGCAACAACAUCUCCAGCCACAGCAAGGGUUACUGGAGGUUAUGUCAGUACCGGAGGCCCGGCCGAUGAUCAUGAUGACGUUACUGAUGAAGACAAGACAGGGAAGUUGAAAUAUACCACCCAAAUGUCUGUUGACAGUGGUGGAGACUCUGUUACUGGUGGCUCGGACGAACAUACAUCAUCUACUCAGUCGACUAGAGCAUCUAAUACUGUUUCCAGUGAAGGAAAGGGAACAGACAGCGGAACAGAUUCAGGCGGAACUGACGGACAGACCGAUACUGGGUCGAGUGGAGAAACGAAUGGAGGAACGGGAGGAACGAAUGGAGGAACGGAUGGAGGAACGGGGGGAGGAACGGAUGGAGGAACGGAUGGAGGAACGGACGGCGGUACGGACGGCGGUACGGACGAAGAACAAGACUUCACAGAUGAAGCCGGAACUGGAGUAGUGAAUGCUGUGAACAAAAACAACCCUUACACGUACGGUUCGAACUCGGGUCGAGUGACGUCAGAAGUGUCCUCCCUUAACCUUGUGGACCCAGCACAAGGGGAGCCGAUCAAGGUGGAGGAAUCGGAAGAAGAAAUGCCUAUUUUGAUUAAUUCUAAAUGCCCGGUACCAAUAUAUAACGCUACCAUCAGACAGGAACGAGGUACAGACCGGGUUAGUCUCUACCAUUCCAUAACCAUGGCUAACAAUGGUUCCUCACUCCAUUUCCGGAUAUCAGCGCGUGAGAACUGGGAAAUGACUAAAUUCCGGAUUUGCCUUGUGUAUAACGCCUCGACCGUUGACCCUCCGUGUAUCCACGAAGCAAUUAUGCCCCUUGGAGACGAUGUAUUCCCAGAAAUACGAGGAAAAAUUAUACAGAAUGGAUUGAUCUUCGGAAUACAUACUUUCCCUCCUCAAAACUACACACCGACGAAUGGCGAUUUUACCGUGGCUGUCAGUCUUGAAAAGGGACACGUGGACUUCAGGGAGACCGUCACGGAAGUUGUGUACGAUUAUCAACUGUGGACAUCCGGCUGUCUGUUCUGGGACGAAACAACGGAAUCCUUCAUCGGCAACGGCACAAGGGUGAGUAACCUGACCACUCCGGAAGUGACCGUUUGCAUGACCAAUCAUCUGACGUCCUUUGGAGGUGACUUUGCUGUUCCGCCAAACACCAUCGACUUUACUAAUGUCUGGGCCAAGUUCAAGAACCUGAACGAGAACGCGGCUGUAUUUUCCACCGUCAUCUCUUUGAUCGGUCUAUACAUCAUCAUUCUAAUCUGGGCCAGGUAUAUGGACAAGAAAGAUGUACAGAAGUGGGGAGCCUCUCCGUUGGACGACAACCUGCCCACUGAUAACUACCAUUACCAGGUUACGGUACAGACAGGGGUACGUAAACUUGCAUCCACUAAGUCAGGAGUCAGCUUUAUUUUAUCUGGUGAGGAGUGUGACACUGGCGUCAGGCGUUUGUACGACGGCCAUCGAAAGGUAUUCGAGCGUGGUAGCAUAAUGAACUACAUCCUGAGUGUUGAAUCCUGCCUUGGAUCUCUGAACUUCAUGAGAAUAUGGCAUGACAACACUGGGAAAGGGAAGAUGAGGUCCUGGUAUCUGGACCAAGUGCAGAUUACUGACCUCCAGACCGGGGACAGGUACUUUUUCCUAUGUGAUCGCUGGCUAGCUGUGGAAGAAGACGAUGGAAUGGUUGACAGGAUUCUGCCUGUAGCCGGCCUAGAUGACCUUGCAGCAUUCAAACAACUCUUUUCGUCAUCAGUGAAGAAGAAGCUGACUAAUGAUCAUAUAUGGUUUUCUGUAUUCUCCCGUCCGACUCGAAGUAACUUCACACGCGUACAGCGAAUCUCGUGCUGUGUUUCUCUUCUCUUCAUGACUAUGAUAACAAACGCAAUGUGGUUCAAGUCAGAGGAUAAGAACGCGAACACAUCCGCAAUGAAAAUAGGACCAGUUUCCUUCACACUUCAACAGGUCUUCGUUAGUUUUGCUAGCACCUUGAUCGUGUUCCCUGUGAAUUUCAUUCUGAUGACGUUUUUCCGGAAAUGCAGACCGAGGAAAAACGGCGUAAUGCAUAAAAACCAGCAGGUUCCAAAACGAGGCAAAUGGAAGAGUGUAUCCGGUUCACAAUCGCAGACAUGGAACAGUGUCCCUAUGAAAAGCAGAUGGCAAAGAUUCAAAGAAUCGAUCGCAAACUUCAUCAACUUCCAACGUCAUAAAUCUAAGUAUCAAUCUGAACCCGAUCCUGAUGAAUGUGUCCGAGAAAUGAAAAUUGCCGGAAUACCUGAUUCAGGUCAAAAAAAGAAGAGGAAGAAGAAGCCCGGCACUUUACCCCAUUGGUGCAUAUACAUCGCAUGGGUUUUGUGUUUCUUUAGCAUCACGUCAUCCGGCUUCUUCACGAUUCUGUAUAGUAUGGAAUGGGGACCAGAGAAGGCUAACGAAUGGCUGACAACCUUCCUCAUGUCUUUCUUCCAAUCUGUUAUAGUCGUACAGCCCAUCAAGGUGUUCUGCCUGGUCACCUUCAUUGCCUGUAUCAUCAAGAAACCUGAUCUUUCUGACGAGGAUCCUGGCGAGGACCUUAACAAUGUCAUAGCUGCUCAUGACGAGGAGUUUAUGGCAAAGAGUAACACCGCUAUUGAUGAAAUUGCACAGAGGAGAAAGAUUCAAAACAGUGAAUUCAAACCGCCGGAUAUGAAAACUCUAGAGGAACAAAGACAGCUUCGAAUGAUGGAACUUAAAAUGGAAGAAGUUAUCAGGGAGAUCGGCAUAUAUGCCCUUUUUGUGCUGAUUCUUUUCUUCCUGUCAUACCAGACGCGAGAUUCUGAUUCCUUCCUGUUGGCUGAAAACCUCAAAACUACUCUUGGUAGUGGAUUCGAGAAGAUUUCUACAGUAUCUGAUUAUUGGUCCUGGCUUGAGAAUAAACUUAUCCCAAACCUGUAUGCCACACACUAUCCUGAUGGCACAGAAAUAAAACCCUGGUGGGACAAAAGAUGUAUAAAAGACAUGCAAUCCCGUCGUGUUGGUCUCCCCCGUCUACGGCAGCUUCGUGUCAAGGAAGAUACUUGUGUCGUAAAUCCCCGAUUAUCUAAAAUGAUAAAACACUGUCGAGAUGAAUACGGCUGGACGGAUGAUGAUGCAAAACAUUACCUUCCCGGUUGGCAGAAACCCCCAAUGGAAAACAUCACCGCAUUAAAGGAGGAAAAGUCGCCCUGGAUAUAUCAGAAUUCUGUUCAAUUGAAAAGUGCUCCCUAUAUUGGAACCAUCUCGACUUAUAAGGGAGGUGGUUAUGUUGCUCUGUUCGAGAGAAACGUCACCUGGACAAAAAUGAUCAUUGACGAGCUGAAGAGAGACGUGUGGUUAGAUGUAUAUACCCGAGGUGUGUUUCUGGAAUUUGCUGUUUAUAAUCCUAAUAUCAACUUGUUCAGUUCUGCAAUUCUCCUGACAGAGUUCGUCUCAUCCGGUGGAGCUGUAGCAAGGAUCGAAUUCAAGGUGUUCCGGUUGCUGAACUAUGUUGGGGGUUUUGGAGUUCUGGUUAUGAUAUUCCAAGUGAUCUACGCUAUCUUCAGUCUAUAUUUCUUCAUACGUUGCAUCAAAAAAGUACGAAAGGAAAAGAUGAAGUACUUUGGCCGUUUCUGGAAUAUCUUGGAAUUCAUUCUUCUAUGUUUCUGUAUUGCUGUGAUCGCGAUGUAUGCUUUCAAACAAAUCCUGUCUGAGUUGACUAUGCGAGCACUGAAGGAUCCCGACAAGGCUGAUUACGUAAACUUCCAGUCAAUGGCUAUGUAUGACGAACUGUUUGGAUGGAUGAUGGCGUGCGUUGUGUUCCUUGCUACAGUCCAGUUCCUGAAACUGCUCCAGUUCAACAAGAAAAUGAACAUGCUUGGAGAUACUAUCAAACUAGCAACGAAAGAUUUGAAGGUUUUCUCGAUAGCCUUUGCUUUAUAUUUCUUCGCGUUUACAGCUUGCGGUCAUCUUCUAUUUGGAACUUCCAUUCUGGCUUAUUCAAGUUUGUUGGGUUCCGCUGAAUCUAUGUUCGCCUUUACACUUGGAAGUUUUGACUUUGCCGCCAUGGCUGACGUUAACAAGGUUCUCGGCCCUCUCUUCUUCUUUACUUUCGUCGGUGUUGUCUACGUGGGUCUGAUGAGCAUGUUCUUCACCAUCAUUGGCGAUGCAUUCACAGAGGUCAAGGCUAAUGUCGAACAAGGCACAAACGACUACGAGAUAGUCGCCUUCAUUUGGAAGAAAAUGAAGGGCGUGUUAGGAUUGACUUAAAGUGUGUUGUUUUGACAAUUCACCCCUUUACUUUUAAUAUAACUACAUAAGAUACACCUCAAGCUGUUACUUGUUAUAUUGAUAUAUCAACACUUAGAAUCGAGGAAAAUUUACAAAACCAUUCACUUAUGGUAUGUUUCAUUGUUACAGACGACUCGGCUGAGUGAUAAGCUGGGGAAUAAGGAAGUUAAAUAAAAGUAUAUAAAAACCGUUGUUCUUUCGUCUAAUACUAUUUGUUAAAUAAAACAGUUAAACACAUGUGUUUGUUCAAACAAAUCCAUAAACGAAUGUUUUACAAAACAUUAGUCAUUUCAAUUAAAAAAGAAAAAUGAAAAUAUUGCUUAAAAUAUUAUCUUGCUUGGUGCAAUAGUCACGGUCAGCAAAGUAGUUAGCUAUUAGUUCAGAGAUAAUAGAAGUAUGCACUGGUAAUUAUAGAAUAAUGUUGACAGUUCCAUGUAGUGUAUACUGCACGCAAGUUUUUAGACUGAAGUACAUUUCUUAUAUUCACCCCAGGCUCACGAUAACGUAAUGAAUGAAGGUUUUUUUUUUUUUUUUUUUUAUCAAAUAUGACAAUGUAAUUAAAAUUGAAAUGUUCCUGUCAUUACUACCAUUUUCUACCUUUUAUUCCGCAGACCAUUUCAUUUAAAUCAGUUUUCGGAAAUCAUUUUGAAAAUUUCUUCAUCAUAAUAUAUAAAUAACUUAUAUCCCUUAAUUGAAAUGAUAACGAUUGUUUGUACUAAUGCAAUCACCAGUAUAGUACGUUAUUGAUCUGGUUUCCCAGCACUUAAAUGUUGUGUCAAAUAUAAACAUUCCUAGAGCUUGCAGGUUUUGGUCUAGUUCAUUGUCUGAAAUCAUUGGAUCACAAAUAAAAAGAUUUUUUAAACUUGCAAGGUAAACUUUUCACAUGUUGAAGUGAGAUUAAAAAUUGAUAGAGUUAUUCUUAAUGUUUACUGAAAUAUUCGCUGUAUCAUUGGCGCAAAUGCAACUAAAAUUUACCCAAUAAAAUUAAUUUAACUGAAAAAAACUGUAAGUGUUUCGUGUUAGAAAUAAAGAAUUUGAACUUA